AUAUCUAGGGGAGAUAUUCUUUAGUGUGUAGCGGGAUUUCCAUUUAGAGUUUUUAGUUGCAGCCGCGCGUCGAAAUGCUUGCAUAAAUUUCAGGCGUUCACAAAUCACACGAGGGUGGAGCCGUGGAGCGGUGGAGGGUUCACAGAGAUCACAUCAUCACACGGAGUUUUCCGUUUUGGCGGUAUUUAUUUUCCAAUUUGGCGGCAAAUUCUCAAUGAGGGAAUUGCUUUUCUGAAAAGUGAAACCAAACAAUGAAACAACGAGAAAGCAAUUUCCACGAUUCUUCCUAUUUUGAAGCCAACAGCACCAUAGCAGAGCAGUUCCAUACACGGGACAUGGCGAAUUGCUGAGAGAUCUCCAUGGUUUUGCAUCCACUUUCGCGGUUGUAUCGAGUUUAUUGGAGUUUCUAGCGGAAGAUCGUGACUGUGAUAUUCUUUGUGUCUCUCCAUGGUGCUGUCCAGAGAAUUGAGAUCUAGGGCUUCUUGUUCUGACGCCGUUUCAAGCUUCUUUUCUCACAGGAGCUGGGGUAGUGAUGAAAACGCUGAAGAUUUGCAAGAUGGAAGCGACGAAGAGAUCCCACUCUCUGGGCUUCUAAGAAUCGCCGCAAAGCGUAAGUUGUCGAAUUUAAACGGGCGGGAGUCUGGAUUUUCAGAGAAUAAGAAGAAGAAAAUAAAGACUUCUGGGGUUUUUCCAUUGAAUGGGACUUCAGAAACUUGCUCUGAGAGUGAUGUGAGUGGGGACCUCGAUCUCGGUGUUCCAAUUUCGCAGUUUCAUAGAAGUAGAAAGCAAGGAAGAGAUAGUCCGGAUUUAGCUAAGUUCGGUGUUUCGAGGAGGAGGGAGAAUAAGAAUGGAAACGGAGAUUCUGUAGCUUUUGCAUCAAAUAGGGUUUCCUUCGGUUCCUCUGUAAGUAAAGAUGAUACAGAAAGUGGUUGCAUUGAUAGGACUGUUCUGAUAUCUUGGAAUUGUAGUGAAGGUGAAAGCAAUAAGGGAAAGGAAGAUGCGACUGAAAUGGAAUUUGGGGUUUCUGAGGAGGAAUCCGGGGUUUCAGAGGAUGGACAGCAGUUUCAAGAUUUGGAGGAAGUGGAAGAACAUUGCGGGGGUUCGCAAGACAGAGGUGAUUGUAAGAAUUUGAAAGAGGUGGAUUCUGUUAUAAUGAAGGGGAGUGAGAGUUCGGGGGUUGGGAGUUUUUGUGCAGGGGACAUUGUUUGGGCAAAAGCAUUCCCUUACACCUGGUGGCCGGGUUGGGUUUGCAAAAGGGGUCGUCGUGGGAUUAAGAUCUCAUUUUUUGAUUGUGAUAAAACUAAGUAUUUUCAGGAAUCAGAAAUUUUGUCUUUCGAGAAGAAUUUUAUGGAAAUGUCCAAGAAGGUUGGAUGGAGGGCAUCCUCUGCGCUAGAGUGUGCUUUGGUGGCGUGGAAUCACAAAAUUGUGGAAUGGCUAACUUGUCCUUGCCAGAUUUCAGUGGAAGAUAAAAAUAUGGUGCAUCCGAAAAAUGUAGGACAGUGUUCUGUGGAAAGUUUUGUUGAAGCAAAGUUAUUAAAACCACUAGAGGUCCUGGAUUUUUCCCGGAGAAUGGCCAUUUGUUGCUGGGUUGAAGAUGCAGAAAUUACUAAUACAGUUAGAGCAUCUGCCCAAGUUAAUGCUUUUAGACAAUAUGUUUCCAUCAGACAAGAUUGGAUGUACCGUGAAACGAUGAGGCUUUCUGAGAGUUGCUCUGCUAGUAAUGAUGACGUAGAAGCAACCAUAAGGGGAACUUUCCCUGAGAUGAGAUUCCAUUCCUCUUCUGACAAUAAGGUAAUGCUUUCAGUUACUCGAGAAUCUGAACCUCUUGAAGAUCAAGUAGAGGUAGAGGAACCUGAGGUAGUUUCAGUGGAAGUGCAAGAGGAUUUGGCAACCUGUAUGAAGAGCAAAGUAAAUUCUUGGACUACCGAAUUAAAUGAAGAAUCUGAACCUUUGUGGUCAAAUCAAAUUGAAAAUGUUAAUUUGUUGAAUUCAUCAAUGGAACGGGUUUCUAUUUCAGUUGAUAAAUCAGCUAGUGCUGGCACUCUACAACAAUUGUAUAUGAAGGACACAAGCAAGGAAAGUGAUGGAACUGAGCUCCACAAAGGUAGUUGUUCUCUUCUGUCAGGUUUUAAUUAUAUCCAUGAGGAAAUAACAAACUUAUGCAGAAACGAAUUUCAAGGUCAUUAUCAUACAGAUGCAAGUGCAAGGACCACAUGUGAAACAAAUAAGCAACGGUGGGAUGACGUUUCUAGCCCUUGCAGAUUGGAUGAUUGUAUCCUUUCCGAAGAGACGAAUAGUAGACCUGCAACUUUAGAUGCACAUUCACAUGACAAUCCUUGGAUAAAAACAGGAUCCAAUGAACUGAAUUUUUGCAUUGGCUUUCCCAUGAAAUCAAGGGUUAGUUCAAGGGCUCAAAACAGCAAUUCUAAGCAAAAGGAGUUUUACCUUGAUGACAUGUUGAGUGACUUAUGUUGUCUUGCUUUGGAUCCAUUUUAUUCUGGAAAAGAGAGUUUGAAGACCUUACGUAAGAGGUUUUUAACAUACAGAUGUCUGGCUUACCAGAAUAUUUCUGACGUCUCUUCCAAAAAAAAGUGUCCUAUUGAGCUCAGUGAUACUCAGGUAUUAUGUCAUGUUAAUAAUGGUAGUAGUGUUAAGGCUUGGCCUAGUGUUAAGGUUGAUGCUGCAGUUAACAGCAUUGAUAUUGACCCUUUGACAAUGAAAGUUGAAAAACAAUUUCCAAAUGAUUUUUCCGUGGGUUCUCUUACAAGGUUGAGGACUCGAACCUACCCUUCCAAGGAUGGCAAGAUUCAAUGCUUGCAUGACAUCCUAAUAUACAUGCGCUGCCUUGCACUGGAUCCAUUCUAUUCCGAGCAGGAGAGUUCAGUGUCUGUGAGCCAGAAAAUUUUGAUAUACAGAAGUUUGGUGUACCGGAAUCUUGAUAUUGCACCUGAAAAAUAUACAUGUCACCGUGGUCAUGAAAUUGAGGCAGUCAAAACAAUGGAAGUUUCUUUAUUUGAUUCAGCUUUACAUCAAUCUACUGUUACCAGGAAAAAGGAGGCUGAAGGUCAUUCUGGCAUUACAGUUAACAAUGAGAAGUCUCAGCUCACUCCUUGUGAUAAAGAAGAUACUGUUGAGAUGCCAUCAAGUGGUAAGAUCAGCAAUGAGGUUUGUUGUGAGGUUAUGAAAGUUGAUUGCAGCUCAAGUCAUGUGAAGGAACAUUUUUCUGUUGAAUCAGUACCCAAGGAUAUAGUGGAAACCAAUACUUCUGGUAGGGCUGGUAUUGUAAGUGAUGCAGCUGCUAGGGCACCGUUACCCUCUCGUCAUUGUGGUGAUCUAGUUAAGAUUGAGCAAAAUAAUGAUGCUGGUGUUGUAUCUAGCAUGAAGGGAAAUGUGAGCACAGGAAAGGUAUCUGAAGAUGGUUCUAAUGUGAAGAAGCUUGGCCAAGAAGUUGCUCCUGAUUUCUCCUCAAAGUCUGUACAUUCUCUUGCUUUAUUCCCACUAAAUAGAUUUUAUGCAUGUGCUUUGGAGCGUGCUGACUCGAGCAGAGAAGUCGAUUGUCAAGCUUCCAAUGUCUGUUCAGAGGUUCCCACUUCUUUGCAUAUGAAGUUCCCUAGGGACUUUAAUAUGCCUUCCAGGGAUGAGUUGGUAAAGAAGUUUAGGCCUUUCGGGCCAAUUGAUCAAUCAAAAACCAAGGUUUUCUUCUAUACAGGUUCUGCUAAGGUCUUUUUCUUGCACCGUCUUGAUGCAGUUGCUGCUUACCAAUUUGCAAAGAGAAAGAAACAAAUGUUUGGUGGAGCCAAUGUCCGGUAUUGGCUUGAUCAACACGAACAUGCAAGAGCAGGAACCACCAACAUUUCAGCUCCAUCAUUAUGCACAAAGGGAAAGUCAACGUCAAAUCUGAAAUCAUGUCUUAGGACAUGCAAUCUGCUUGGUGAGAAUGAUCAGAGAAAAACACAUAAAGUGAAGUUUCUGAUGGAGAAUAAGAAUGAGACCACAUCAUUGGCAAACAAGGUUAAGAACAAACCUUUAGUAGCAUCUGAUUCUUAUUAUAAAGAUUGUAGUGUAGGGCCAGACAUUUCAUUGAAAAUGUUGGUACUAUUGGAGAAAUGCAAUCAACUGGUACACAAAAUUAAGGAGAAACUAGGAUGCCCGUCAUAUUAUUCAAUAUUUGCACAGGAUUAUUUCAUGAAUCUUGAUGAUUGAAGGGUAUGGAUCCAAGUGUCCCUUGACAAUUAAGGAUACCUGUUCUUUGGAUCUCAUGGGUUGUAUUUCGUCAUGAUGUGUUGCUUUUGCCUCCAAGAGGACGUGAAGCCUGACGAGCUUGUAACUCUUUCUGUACAACAUAUUUCAUGUAUGUACACUCAUCAGAUUGUCUUCUGACCUUGUGUACACAUAUCAUAUGGCUAUAGGUACAUGAAUAGGAUAUCACAUUUUUUUUUUCUAUCAAAGAAAAAGAAAUGAAAAUCCUGGUAGCUUCAA